UGUGUGUGUGUGUGUGUGUGUGUGUGUGUGUGUGUGUGUGCGUGCACGCGCGUGUGUGGGGUGAAUAGCUACAUUCCUCUUUAAUUACAGUUUUGCAUUGCAGAUUUUGGAUGCACUUCAACAAUGCACCUACAAUUGUUACAACUAGUACAGCUAACUUCACUUUGUGCUGCUUUAAUAAGCACUUGUAUUGAGUUUUGUUUGUGCAAUUUUCUCCCCUCCAUGAUUCAAGCAGGCUUUGGUGAAUAAGUUUUAGCUUUCACUUGAAUCCACUUUUUAGUACGUGGUUAAUACAUCUAAAUGUGUUGUGGUGCACAGCACCGGGAAUGACCUCGCCAAAACGAAUGCCACUAUCAGUUUAAUUCUCGGAACAACUGCUCCGUCUGCCACAGCUGCCCCCGAAACAAAGAGUCAUGGUCCAAGCUAAGACGUGGAUCCUGACCAAGUACUUUGAUGGCUUCCCGAAGGACAGCGACUUUGAGCUCAAGGUGGAGGAGCUCCCAGGGCCCAAAGAUGGGGAGGUACUUUUGGAAGCAGUGUUUCUCACUGUCGACCCAUACAUGAGGCCGUUUAGCAGGGUUCGCAUGAAUGAAGGCGAUGUCAUGAUUGGAUCACAAGUGGCCAAAGUGAUUCAAAGCAAAAAUGCAGCAUUUCCUGUUGGGAGCCAUGUUGUUGGUCGCUGUGGCUGGAGAAGCCACACAGUCUGUGACGGAAAGGACCUCAUUCCCAUCAUGCCUGACUGGCCGCAGGACGUCUCGUUGUCCCUGGCUCUGGGCGGCAUCGGCAUGACGGGACUGACGGCGCUGUACGGGAUAGAAGAGGUCUUGGGGCUCCAGAAGGGCGAGACCCUGCUGGUGACUGCUGCAGCGGGGGCCGUGGGCUCCGUGGUGGGCCAGCUGGCCAAGAUCAAGGGCUGUAAGGUGGUGGGUUCGGCGGGCUCCGACGCCAAAGUGGCUUUCCUCAAAGAACUGGGCUUCGACGAGGCCUUCAACUACAAGACUGUUGGUUCCCUGGAGGAGGCCCUGAAGAAGGCUUCUCCAGACGGCUACGACUGCUUCUUUGAGAAUGUCGGAGGCCCUUUUUCCAGUGUGGCCAUACAACAGAUGAAGAACUGUGGAAGAAUAGCCGUGUGUGGAGCUAUUUCCACAUACAAUGACACCACGCCCCAAACAGGCCCAUACCCCCACCUCACCAUGAUCUUUAAGCAGCUUAAGAUGGAGGGUUUCAUGCAGACCAGGUGGGAGCACAAGCACCCCGAGUCCCUCAAGAGGCUGAUGGGAUGGUUGAAAGAGGGCAAACUGCAGUGUCGGGAGCACAUCACCAGAGGCUUUGAAAAGAUGCCGGCUGCUUUCAUGGGGUUGCUGCAGGGAGAAAACGUCGGCAAGGCUAUUGUCGCAGUCUGAUGUGGAUCAACGGAGAAGAAUCGGUAUUAUUAAUAACCUACAUGUAAUUACAGAACUCAUGCAUGAAGGACUUAGCCAUAGAGACUAAUAACUAACCUGUUUUUAAAAUAAACAUGUGAUUUAUGUUUAGCAUUAGUUCAGGAGUUAUUGUUAGACAGUCCCAUUCAUUCUUUAAUAUUGGAUUUAAUAAAUAAAUA